AUGGCAGUGGCCGAGACACAGCUGUACGCAAAGGUGUCCAACAAACACAGGAGCAGACGCACCUCUGUACUCCUUGAGCCUCUCCUUGCCAAAGGAUUCCCAGCUCAUAUCGCGCAAAAAGCCUUGGCUGCUACUGGACAAAAGACGGUGGAAGAUGCUGCAAAAUGGUUGCACUCUCACUGCAAUGAUCCCUCUUUGGAUGACCCAAUCCCCCAGGAGUAUGCUCUUUACCUGUGCCCCACUGGCUGUUUGCAUAACUACCUGGUAGAGUUUUGGAAGGAGAGCAAACGCCAGUGCGGGAAAAACAGAGCCCAUGAGAUUUUUCCGCACAUCACUCUCUGCGAUUUCUUCACGUGUGAAGACCAGAAAGUGGAAUUAUUGUAUGACACUUUAAAGAGAGUUGGUGAAAGCUUUUCACAGCUGUUUCCGCCAUCCAUUUCCUUAUCACUACAUUCAUCCACCAGUUACCUUGGCUUCUUCAUUGAUGACAGACAUGCAAAUAUCCUCAAAGACUUUGCUCUGGCGUUCUCCUCAGAAGCUUCAGCCGUGGCAGAUUGCCAUGUGAAGCCCUGCCUCAAGCAGCUCCACCUUACCUUGUCUCACAAGUUUUAUCCUCACCAUCAGAAGACUUUGGAACAAUUAGCCAAAUGCAUUAACCCAGGGGAGACCUGCCAGUGGGUAGCUACACUCUACUCACGGGACAUGCGUUUUGUGCAUUACCAGACACGGAGGGCCCUCUUCCAGUACAAGCCCCAGAACAUUGAUGAACUCAUGAUCAAUGCUGGCGACUUUAUCUACGUUGACCCGACGCAGCAGUCUGAUGUGAGUGAAGGCUGGGUGAUUGGGACCUCACAUCGCACUGGCUGUAGGGGUUUUCUUCCUGAAAACUACACUGAGAGGGCCAACGAGUCAGAUACAUGGGUUAAGCACAGGGAAUAUGUUUUUGUAACAGCUUCAAGACUCUUCAUCCAAACUGAAAAUGAACCUAAUCUAAAGUCAAAUGGAGAAGUCCAAAAUCCUAGCAUGUCAAGGAGUGUAACCAAGGUACUUUCUCUUCAGAAUGCCAUCCUGCGGAGAGGAGUGCUGGUGAUGCGCCAUGGAGAAAGAGUUGAUCAGGUCUUUGGCAAAUCUUGGCUUCAACAGUGCUUGACUGCAGAUGGAAAAUACUACAGAGCAGAUCUGAACUUCCCUUCCACCCUGCCAAAGCGGAAAGACAGCAUGAAGCAUUUUGAAUACGAUCCUCCUUUGUCUUGCUGUGGUAUUUUCCAGUCAAGGCUUACAGGGGAAGCUCUGCUGGACCAGGAGGUGCCAGUCAGCUAUGUGUACUCAUCACCUGCACUCCGCUGCAUACAGACAGCUCAACACAUACUGCAGGGGCUUAAAUUAGAUCAAAAAGUCAAAAUCAGGGUGGAACCAGGACUGUUUGAAUGGACCAAGUGGGAAGCAAGCAGAGUAAUUCCUAACUUCAUGACUGUGACAGAACUAGUAGAGGCAUCUUACAAAAUAGAUACAAGUUACAGGGGUAACUUUCCACUCUCUUCACUGGUGCCAUCGGAAAGUUAUGAAGAAUUUGUUAGCAGAAGCUCUGCAGUUAUAAAACAGAUCAUCACUGCCUGUCCCAGAAAAGGUGUCAUCCUCAUUGUGGGCCAUGGCUCUUCUUUGACAUCUUUCACCCGACCUCUGAUAGGACUCCCCAUCAGAGACAGCAGAGACUUUGCCCAGGUGGUACGAAAGGUCCCUUCACUGGGCAUGUGUUUCUGCGAAGAGCUGCAAGAAGAGAACAAAUGGCAGAUGGUCAACCCACCAGUGAAAAUGUUAACUCAUGGGGCAAAUGCAGCAUUUAACUGGAGAAAUGGUAUCAUGGAUGAUUAG